GCAUUUAGCUUUUAAUCUCAAGUUUGAUUUCCUCUCCUAUCAUUUAUAAUUAAGAAAAAGAAAAUUGUGUUUGCAAUGUGAUAUUGUAAUUUAUUAGUGACACGAGAAUUGAACAAAUUGAUAGAUUGACUACCAAAAUUGCUAAGCAUGCAAGUAAAAGAAAUAAAAACAUGUGUCCAGAAUUUAAGCUGAUGUGGCAGCAAUAGCGCAAAGUGAGAUCAAGGAACGAAGGGCUGAUGAAAAGGAGUGCAGUUUGCUAGAAACAUAUCAAUCAGAAGACCUGAACUCAAAGAAGGAAUGAAAUGAAAGGUAGGGGAAAGCAAAAGGGAUUGAAGGUGAUACUGUGGCUGAUGGGGAUAUGUACUGUGGGUUACAUAUUAGGCCCUCCUCUCCACUGGCACCUCUCCGAUACUUUAGCGGUCACUCUUUCCUCAUCUUCGUAUUGCGCUACAUGCCACUGCGAUUGCUCUUCUCUGCCCCUCCUCUCUCUCCCUCGCGGAUUGAACAACAACUCUUUUACAGACUGUAUGAAGAAUGACCCAGAGGUGAGCGAGGAGAUGGAGAAAAGCUUUAAAGGUCUGUUGUCAGAGGAAGUGGGGCUGAAGGAAGCUGAAGCGUUAAGAGACCAACAGCGUGCAGAUGUGGCGCUGUUGGAGGCUAAGAAAAUGGCAUCCCAGUAUCAAAAGGAUGCAGAUAAGUGCAAUGCAGGGAUGGGGACUUGCGAGGAGGCAAGGGAAAGUGCUGAAUCCACAUUAGAAGCACAUUUGAGACUUAGUGCAAUGUGGGAACUCAGAGCUCGUCAGAGAGGAUGGAAAGAGAGCAUGGCUAGAUCUCUGCUUCUUAAAUGACAGAUUUCCAUCGUCAGCCUAUAUAAUCCAACUUUUUCAGGAAUCUCUAGUCUUGAACGGCUACGGCACAUGCAAGAAAUCAUGUAACAGUUUUUGAAUUGACCCUUCUUCUGUUCCUCAUUAUCUUGAGGCCCCACUCAAUCUAUUCUUCAAGUUAUGUGCUAAA